AUGAAAAACUUUAAUAUAGGAGAAAAUAAUAAUGAAAUAAAUACAGAAAUAAAAUCAUCUAAACAAUAUCCCAUAGUAGUAAUGGGCGAUAAUAAUACUAUCAAAGAAGAAAUAAAAGGAUUAGAUUUAUCGGGGUCUUCUUUAAAAACUAUAAAUGUUGAAGAUAAUGAUAAUACGAACAGCAUGUCUUUAUCAAAAUUAAGUAGUAUCUGUGAAAAGAAAAGAAAAGCUGAAAUAAAUGAGGAAUUAAAAAGAAAGAAAGGAAAUCAACAUACUGAAAACAAGAAUGAUGAAAUAGAAGAAGAUAUUACUAAUGAGAGAGAUAAAACAGAACAAAUGAACGAAGAGUUUGUUAAGUUAAAUUUAAUUAUGCAUAAAGGUUACAGCAAAAAUUUUAUAAAUAAUGAAAAUGAAAAAAAUAAGAUAAUUGACACAAAUAUUAGAGAAGUUGAAGGUGGAAACAAAAAUGAAACAACAAAAAAUAAUAAAGAUGAAUUAAUUGAAAACAAUAUAAAUAAAGAUAAUAUAAUCAAAAAUAAUAUAAAUGAAUAUAAUGUAAUUAAGAAUGAUAUAAACAAGGAUGAGACUAAUGAAAAUAAUGUAAAUGAAGAUAUUGUAAUUAAUAAUAAUCUAAGUAAAAAUGAAGUACAUAAAAAUAACAUAAAAGGCAGUGAAAAUAUAAAAAAGAUAAUGGAAGAUUGCCCAAAUGUAAAGAUAAAUUUAAAAGAUGAUAUACAUGAAAAAGGAAAUUACAAAGAAAAUGAAGACGAUAAAGACAAAAUAGAAAAUUCUAAUUCUGAAGUAGAUAAAAAAGAAACAACAGGAAAUUUAAAAUAUUUUAUUGAUUAUAAUAAGUAUAGAAAUAAAAAUAAUGUGGCAUUUUCAAUGAAAUAUAAAGAUAGUUGUGUAAGUUUAAGUAGCGAUAAAUUAACAUGUUAUGGAGAUAAAGGGUGGUCAAGUGUUUUUGUAAAUAGUGGUGCAGAUGUUGGUAAAUGGUAUUAUGAAAUAAAAAUUGAACAACCUAUACAGAAUUUAAAUUUUUUAGGUUAUAAAGACAAAGUAAUAAAAGUAAAUUCAUAUAUAAGAGUUGGUUUUGCAUGCAGAUAUAUGAGAUAUGAUUAUCCCAUAGGAACUGAUAAAUAUAGCUACUGUGUUAAUAGUAAAAAUGGAAAGAUAUUUAAUAACUCAGUAAGUUAUGAUUGUAUGGAACCACUUAAAGUUGGUGAUAUAGUUGGAUGUUAUUUAAAUUUGAAAAAUAAAAAUACUUAUAAGUUUGACCCGAGAUCUGAUAAAAAAUUAUAUGAAUAUUUACAAAAUGGAAUUUUAUGUGAUCCGAAAAAUCCGCCAAUAUUAAAAAAAAAUUAUGGUUCCUCAAUAUUUUUUUCUUUAAAUGGUCAAAUAAAAAAAAAUUCUUUUGUUGAUAUCUAUGAAGGAUUUUAUCACCCUUCUGUUAGUUUAUAUAUGGGUGCAUGUGCAAAAAUUAAUUUAGGUCCUCAUUUUACUUACAAAUAUUUAAAAGAUUAUAAUCCUUGUAUACUUAUGGAACAACCAAGCAUUUUAUAA